AUGAUGUCCAAACAACCCAAGCUUCGUCCCAAAUCCCACAUUCCUGGCUUUCCAGAUGCCAUGUAUGACCUCUCGACGAUAUCGUCGCUGUCCAACCUGGAGUCGCGCGCGGGUCUAGGGGACGAGAAGCACGACCAGCGGGUUUUUCGAGUCAAGCGCAAGCAUGUCUUGAAAGCCUGCGAUCGGUGCAGAGUCAAGAAAACCAAGGUUGGUGAAACAGUGGAGGCACCUGGAUCAUUCGUCGAGAUGCUCGAAUCGCACCACUCUCUUGUCGUGAAAGCUCUGCAGAGGCUGUAUAAGCUUUGCAUCAACAAAGAAGACUUUCCCGGGGAGCCUCUCGUGGAAGCUCCUGACGGAUAUCCACUGACGCAUGCGAUCCUGGACCGUCUAGGGCUGAUCAAGCAGGCCGAGGAGAAUCCGGAGGAGCCAGAUGAAGACACUGAAGACCUUCAGUAUCUGCGGUUUCUGUCCACCUCGACCGGCUGCAGUCCCACAACCGAUCCAUCCCCGGAGCCCGCGACUCCACCGGAUCCCUCGUCCAGUAACUGCAGCCCCACCAAGCUUUCGCCCAAAUCUGGCGCAUCCUGGAAGUGGGACUAUCCGCCGCUCCAGCCAGUCAAUCCUCCGGGCCACUAUCCCAACUAUCAAUCCUUCCACGGCAUGGCCAUACCCCGGCCACCCAUAAUGCCGGCGGGUCAUCCUACCGAGACCAAAUGCCAGGAACCCGUCCACUCCGUGUCCGAUCAGGAUCACCCCUAUCUCUGCUACAUGGACAAUAACUGUGGUGGAGAGUUGAUGAAAAGUCGCCUCCCCUCUGGCAUGACCACCGAGCCCGGUAGCCACCAUAUGCCAGCCCCGGCCAGCAUGUCCGUUGAUAUCCUCGGAGACUACAACCUGCAUCUUCAUGAGCCGCAGCAGACCGUUUAUUCCGGUAUUGCACCUGGCUGGAAUUUCCCGUGUGGGUAG